AUGUCGGCUCAGUCUGUGACGGCAUGGAUUGCAGUAUGUCGUGUUGUGACCGGGGUAGGAAUUGGAGCUGAUUAUCCAUUAUCUUCAUCUUUGUCGGCAGAAAAGUCACCGUUUGGCUCACGUGCUAUCCAAGUGUUGACUGUCUUUUCGAACAUCGGCCUUGGUAAUAUUGCGGCCAGCAUCGUGUUUCUGAUCUUGCUCAAGGCAUUCGAGGAGUUAAUAGCCCACAACCUAAGCCAUCUUGAAUGGGUCUGGCGUUUGCUAUUAGGCAUUGGAAUUGUGCCAGCGGUCUUCACUCUUUAUGCCCGGUUGACGAUCAGGGAGACACUGCCCUACAGGCAAUACGUCUGUGAUGAUGCUGCUGGGCAGAGGCGCACACUCAAGCAGCAGUGGGAGGACUUCCGCGAGUACUUCGGUCACUGGAAACAUGCUAAAGUGCUAUUUGCGACGUCAGCCUCCUGGUUCUUAUUUGAUAUCGCAUACUACGGUAUCAAUCUCAACCAAAGCAUUAUACUGGCAAGAAUCGGUUAUGCAAGCGAAAAAACACCAUGGCGAACCCUGUAUAACACCGCUGUGGGUAAUAUAAUCAUCCAAGCAGCAGGAUAUCUCCCCGGAUUCUACGUCGGUAUCUUCCUUCCUGAUCGUAUUGGUCGUGUUCCCCAACAAUGCUGGACAUGUAUCAUGGUGUGCAUCCUCUAUGCCAUAUGGGCUGGAGUCAGCACACAGAGCGUCCACACCCCAACAGCUGGUUUGAUGAUUAUAUUUGCCCUCUCACAGUUCUUGCUUACCGUUGGUCCUAAUUGCACGACCUUUCUGAUUCCCGCAGAAGUGUUUCCAACGCGUGUUCGAGGCACAGCAUCCGGAAUAUCUGCUGCUUCUGGAAAAUGCGGUGCUAUUCUAACUUCAUUUGCUUUCGGUAGUGUUGAAGAUGCAAUUGGUUUGGAAGGUGUCCUUGGUCUGUUCUCGGGAAUCAUGCUGCUCACUGCCCUUGUCACUUUGCUGAUACCCGAGACCAAAAAUCAGACACUGGAGGGUAUUGAAAAAGAUGAACCCAUAGAACAAGGGAAGCUAUCAUCAAGCUCUCAAACUCUAGCUAUAUUCUUUGACAUGGCAGACCGGUUACACUCCCGCGAAGGGUCCGACACUUCGCUCAACAAUGCAUCCAUUGCUUCCCCGCGAUCUAGCACCGAAUCCCGCUCUCCCCCUACACGAAACCAACUCCGUGUUUCACACAUACCAGCAGCAAAUCACCAGCACAGACAAAGCUUGAGCGAGUCACUUCGUGGCCCACCCGGGUCUCCCCGCGCACGCCGACAGCCGUCCCUCCCACAGUCCGCCAUCCAGAGCCUCAUCGACAAUCCCCCGCCACCGAAGAAUAGUGAUCCUGCCUUUGUUGGUCGUGAUUGGAGACAGAUCUCAGUCGGCGAGCUGGUCAGCCCGGAUGACCUGAAGUUUGUGGAGCUUGAUACAGGCAUUGAAGAGGCGACAAAUAUCUUGAUUGAUUCAGGCGCGGCCGUAUUGUUGAUCCGCGAGACCCCUCAAUCCACUUCUGCGGUAGGCACAUUUGACUAUGCAGAUCUGAACUCUUAUCUCCUGCUAGCAGCAGGGCUGACACACCCCGAUGAAGCGCAUCAAGCGUCGUAUGACGAGCUAGCUAAGAAGGCUCACAAUGGUGUGCCAAUUCCGCUGAGAGAUGUCAAGAAGUUCGGCAUGGAGAAGGAGCCGCUGAUCAACCUGCCAACUUCAGCCAAUGUCUUGACCGCUGUAGAGAUCUUUGGUGGAGGUGUUCACCGGGUGGUGGUGGUCAAUGAGUCAAAUGACCAAGAAGUGGUCGGAAUCUUCAGCCAGUUCCGACUGGUCAAAUUCCUUUGGGAAAAUGGUCGCAGCUUCCCUAUCAUUGAAGAGCUAUAUCCAAAGGCUCUGCGUGAGCUGGGGGUUGGAUCUCAUGAAGUGAUCUCUAUCAAUGGUGAUAAACCCCUCUCCGAUGCCCUCCAUCUGAUGAACAACGAGGGUAUGUCCUCAAUCGUAGUUGUUGAUAGCUACUUAAACGUGCUUGGGAAUAUCUCCACAGCAGAUGUUAAGCUUUUGACCCGAUCAUCUUCAUUGCCACUUCUUCAAAACACCUGCACUCACUUCAUCUCGGUCAUUCUGUCCACACGGGGUUUGAUUGAGGGUAAAGACUCAUUCCCGGUCUUCCACGUCAAUCCUGGAUCGACACUGGCUCACACAGUCGCCAAGAUCGUGGCAACUCGAUCACAUCGUCUCUGGGUGACCGAUCCAUUAUCUCCAACAUCCUCAGGACCGCCAACUCCAUCGCAUUCUUCAGUACACAUCCCUCUUUCCAACAGUGUCAGCCCAGCUCCCGGAUCGUAUACUGCACAGUCACCACCGCCAUCUCCUUCUGUACCUGUGACACCUUCUGCACAGCCUUCUCAAUACACCACCCCUCACCUACCAACUCCUAACCUCCCUUACACAUACCCAGCUCCAGGCGUGUCGGUGCCAGUGCCAUCGCCUGUGUCGCAUUCUAUUCCCUCCUCGACGCUAGAUGGAGCCCGACUGUCCGGUCGUCUAGUUGGAGUAGUCAGCUUGACUGACAUCCUGAAUUUGCAUGCCCGCGCUAGCGGGUUGAACCCAGCUGACCCCGCCGAGUCACGUAGCCGCCGCCGACGCAGUAGUUCCUCGAGCCAAAGUAUCCGCCGCAGCGGCGACAUUGGCCGGGAGCUUUUCAGUCGUGGCAUGUAA